UUCACUGAUGGAAUCACCAACAAAUUAAUUGGCUGCUACGUGGGUGACAUAACAGAUGAUGUCGUUCUAGUUAGGAUCUAUGGAAAUAAGACCGAGCUCUUAGUAGAUCGAGAUGAGGAAGUGAAGAGUUUCCGUGUGUUGCAGGCCCAUGGCUGUGCACCUCAGCUAUACUGUACUUUCAAUAAUGGCCUGUGCUACGAGUUCAUGCAGGGAGAAGCACUGGAUCCAGAGCAUGUAUGCAAUCCAGAUAUUUUCAAACUCAUUGCCAGACAGCUUGCUAAGAUCCAUACUAUUCAUGCACACAAUGGAUGGAUCCCUAAAUCUAACCUGUGGCUGAAGAUGGGGAAAUACUUCUCUCUCAUACCCACAGAAUUUGCAGAUGAGGAAGUGAAUAAAAGGUUUUUAAGUGACAUUCCAAGUCCUGAAGUUCUUCAGGAAGAGAUGGCCUGGAUGAAGGAAAGACUGUCAAAUUUAGGAUCACCAGUGGUACUCUGUCACAAUGACCUGUUGUGUAAGAAUAUUAUUUACAACAAGAAACGAGGUGAUGUGCAGUUCAUAGACUAUGAGUAUUCUGGAUACAACUACCUGGCUUAUGACAUUGGAAAUCACUUCAAUGAAUUUGCAGGAGUAAAUGAGGUAGACUACAGCCUUUAUCCUAACAGAAAAUUACAGGAACAAUGGCUGAGAUCUUACCUUGAGGCCUACAAAGAGUAUAAAGGAUUUGGCACAGAAGUCAGCGAAAAAGAAGUUGAAGUUCUAUAUGUCCAAGUCAAUCAGUUUGCACUGGCUUCCCACUUCUUUUGGGGAUUGUGGGCUCUAAUUCAAGCCAAAUAUUCCACCAUUGACUUUGAUUUUCUAGGGUAUGCAAUUGUUCGGUUUAACCAGUAUUUCAAAAUGAAGCUGGAGGCCAUGACUUUAGCUCUUCCUGAGUAAAGAGGAGGAAGAAACUUACCAAGUGGAUAGACAACCCCUGAAUCUUUUCUGAGAACAGAUACUGGAAAAAAGCUAAACAUUUGUUGAAGUUCUGUAAUGCUCACUUGGUGGUUCUUGCUUUAAAUAAUGCCUCUAAACAGUCCUUCAGUGUUAAAUUUAAUACGGAAAGCAUAUGUACUGUUGAUAUAAAACGGAUUAGAAACUUGAUAAAUCUAUAAAAAGUUGUAGAAAUGGCAAUUUAAUCCUUUGUAAUUUAACAUAUGUUGUAUGUGAAUUAUUUAUUAUAAGUUUAACAUGAUUCCAUUGCUGCUUUCAUCAGUUUUUGUAAAAGUUGGGUGCAGACAGUGAAGUUGUUCCAAAGGAUUUGUUUAACAACUUGUUUUAUUGAAAUUGCAUUAACUUAUAUUAAAGAGAACAUGGUCGGAGAAUAUUAACCUUUUAGAUGUAUAC